GUUGGUUUGCCAAUCGCCAUAAAACCCUAGAAGAAGAAGAAGAACGAACGGGCGGGAGUUGCGAUUGAGGUUCCUAAACGUACGGCUGGUCGAUGUCUUCUACGUUGUUUACUUCAGAUUAACCGCGGUGUAAAGUUAGAUUUUUCAUAGUUAUUUUGUUUAGAAGAAAAACAAGAAGAGAUGGAUUCGGUGGACGAGGAUUUAUCUCCUCGGGUUUUGUUGCAGAAAGUCCUGCAUACAGCGUUACCUCAAUCUCCAGUUACCAGAAGUGCGACCCGUGCACGCCGGAGUGUGCGACUGAUAAACACACCUGGACUGGAAAGCCCUGGAGUCGCCUUGCGCCACAAACUCAAGAAAAAACUUCAUCAGAAUGCCAAGUCACCCCUCCCUCCACCUAAACGACAGAGGUCAAUGGGUGGGAAGACAAAUCCUCCGGCCGCUGCCACGCCCUCUCUAUUCGAUGAUGACAUCACGACUCGGGGUCUGCUUAGGGGAAUCAUUCAUAUGGGCCCUGAGGAGUCUUUGCUGAUGUCGGGUCAGCCUGCGCCACAGGAGGCAAAUCCAGAGUCCAGUGUCUCCAGUGCUGGAGAGAGAACUGAAGGUCUGUCUGGGGCGGAGCUCUCUGAUCUGACCCUACACACCGAACCCCUGACGCAUGUGGUGAGAAAACUGAGUCGCAGAAAACCCCAGCGUGUCUUCAGUGUUUCUGCGUUUGAGAGAGAGCUGGACCAGCUGCCAGAUAAAUCUGUGGAGGAGGCUUCUGAUAAAUCUGUCUUUCGGGAGAAACCCAAUGUGUCUCAUGAUUUGGAUUCAUCGGCUGGUUCAAAGAGUGGUCUGAACCUGACUCUAAAAACCCCCUUUGUGGAUAAGCGCACUGAGAGGGCGGGGCUCCAGCGGAAAGUGUCCAAUCGGAAGCUGCCUUCUGUCGAUUCGUUUGAUGAGGCCGUCCAGAGAUGUCUAGAGCAGGCACCUGACCAAGAUCAUUCUCAGUUUCAGGAUGGAAAAACUCUCGAAGAUUCUUCAUGGCAGAAGUUCACGCUUGGCCUAAAUGACGUCACAGAACUUUACGCCCAGCCUUCCGGAUCUACUGUUGAGCUGAAGAAAGAUGACACGGCGGUACAAGAUGCCGAACCAGAGAGAGAUGCUGAGAGCAAUGACCUAGAGACCGAAGAAUACCAAGAAAACAAACUGAGUUAUGUUGAUGAAAUUCAUGAUGUUCCAGAAUCCAUUAUCCAAGAAUACCAAGACCAUGAGGUGGAAUCGGCAUUACAGGAUGAGGACGAGAUGCUGCCUUCAUCCCAAGAAGAAGCAGCAGGUGAUGUGUCUUUGAGUCCUGAAGAUGAGAUCAUGCUUGCUCCGACACAGGCGAUGACGGAGUCUACACCUGAAUUUCAAGAUGCAGAAACACACGAGCCAGAGACUGAGGAAGACAUGGAUACAUCACCGGGUUUGGAGCGAAAAACACGCCGAGCUCACCGAUCAGAGGGUGGAGGUGGGGUCCUUAGAAUUCCAGCAGGACAGAGAGUCACAAAGAGUUUCGGGGCUGGACUGAACCCCAGAGAAAAAGAUUAUCUGGAGUUUGUUAACAGGACAGGAGAGAACUUUCAGGAUGUUCCUGAUGAAGAGAUUGAACCACAAGGCAGCCAUUUGUCCCCUCUACUUAACCUCACGACAGAGGUCACCAGUGAGCAAAGGUCACAGCAACGUGAUGCUAGUCUGCAUGGAGAAGAUAUGCCAGAUGUUGAAGGGGCAGAAGCCAUCACAUCUGAGCAAGGAUCACGGCAUGAGACUAGCCUGACCGGAAAAGAUUUGCCAGAAGCUACCACAUCUGAGCAAGGAUCACGGUAUGAGACUAGCCUGACCGGAAAAGAUUUGCCAGAAGCCACCACAUCUGAGCAAGGAUCACGGCAUGAGACUAGCCUGACCGGAAAAGAUUUGCCAGAAGCUACCACAUCUGAGCAAGGAUCACGGCAUGAGACUAGCCUGACCGGAAAAGAUUUGCCAGAAGCUACCACAUCUGAGCAAGGAUCACGGCAUGAGACUAGCCUGACCGGAAAAGAUUUGCCAGAAGCUACCACAUCAGAGCAGGGAUCACGGCAUGAGACUAGCCUUAGCGGAAAAGAUUUUCCAGAAGCCACCACAUCUGAGCAGGGAUCACGGCAUGAGACUAGCCUUAGCGGAAAAGAUUUGCCAGAAGCCACCACAUCUGAGCAGGGAUCACGGCAUGAGACUAGCCUUAGCGGAAAAGAUUUGCCAGAAGCCACCACAUCUGAGCAAGGAUCACGGCAUGAGACCAGCCUGACCGGAAGAGAUCUGCCAGAUAUUGAAGGUGAUGAUUUCCAAGAGGAGGAGAGCCAAUCAGAGGAUGAGGACAUGAUGGAUUCUGAGCCAGUCAGUCAGAGCCCUGAACCGCAUUCACCUGCUCCGAGUGAACAGGAAGAUGACGACGAUGAUGAUGCACGCAGUGCAGAGCUGUCUAUGAAAACUCCCGCUUUUGUGAAACAAAAGAGAGUGAUCACAAAUGCUAGUGCUCAAGCCACAGUCCUUAAAGAAUUGAAUUCUGGUCCCGCACCUCAGGUUACCAAACGUCGGCCCAGACAGAAGCGCCAGACCGGCUCCGAUGUUCUGCCCAAGAGUUACGUCAUGAGCGUCUUCAGACACUUUGCCAAAACAAAGGUUGCCAGUAACGUCUACCCUGCCAUUAAUGAAAUUCUCAAGAAAUACUUUAAACGGCUCGCAGAUGAUCUGGAAGUCUAUGCUACUCACGCCAAACGUAAAACAAUUGAGAUUGAAGAUUUUGAGCUCCUUAUGAGAAGGCAAGGCUUUGUGACUGACAGCAUGCCUGUCAAUAUAUUAAUAGAGAAAUAUCUUCCACUGGAGUAUCGCAAACUUCUCAUUCCUGUGGCGACCAGUGGAAACAAAGUCGUCCCAAAUCCAAAGAGGUGAACAUGCAAAUGUGAAGUUAAUCCAAUAAAGCUUUGCAUAUCUAUUCUUCUAAAUAUAUUCUUAUUUGUCAAUGUAAAUGUCUUGUGUUCUAGAUAAGGAUGAUUUUUGUAAUAUAUUGCUGCUGUUAAAAAAAUAAAUUCUUGAUGCAUUUAA